AUUUUAUAAAUGAUCAUUUUGCUUUUUUAGUACAACCGGGUUUUCAACAUCGCAGUAGUGUUACAUAAAGACUGAAAGGAGAUAAUGUAUAAAGUGGCACCAAAAUGGACUGAUUAAACUAGAAUGGACUAAUUUGAAAGAAUUUCAGGAUCAUUGCUUUUCUCCUGCUUCAUGGACAGGCCUUCAAUAUUUGGCAUCACCUUUACAUGGAGCAUAAAGAUGAUGAUGAUGAUGAUGUGUCUUUUGCCAAAUGGAUGAGCAGCUUCUGGGGUCACAGCUUGAGAGAGGAAGAUGAGAGAGGACUCCGAGAACGCCACAGACCACUGGCCGCCCCUCACAGGAAAACCUCCCUGCCCUGCCCACUUCCUGUGCAUCCCAAAAUGACACCACCGGAUGGCCUUCCCAGAAGGCAUUCUCAUGAGGACCAGGAAUUCCGACGUCGUACUUACAUGCAGAAUUACAGAAAACAUUCAGGGGAUGCAUCAUUCAAGGAGCCACUGGAAUCAAAAGGAAGAUCCCAUUCCAAUAUACAGGAACUUUCAGAGUCCUUUGAUCAGCAACUGCGCUUUAGAACAAAGCGUUCUGCCUCUUUGGGACCUGAGAGCAGAAAGGAGAGGCAUGAGAGAGAAUGCCUGAGGAUGGAGAUAAAGUCCCGAAAGAAAGCGGAGGAAGAAAGGAGCUCCUGGAAAGAACAUGGAGAAACACACAUGGCUCCUCUGUUGGAAAAAGGGCCCGAAUAGUACGUGGUUUCCACACCAUGACAUCAGACACUACUGUUUUUUUGUUUUUUUGCUUUUUUGUUUUUUUUUUGUGAGCCCUACAAACGAUUUCAGGAUGGGGUGGGGAGGGAAGGUCUUGGGGUAGGGAAUCGCAGCUAUAAAGAUUGUCUGCUGAUGCCGGGUGAUAGAAGCAGGCAGGGCUUGCAGCGGCUCUCCUAGAUGACUUGCUUCAUACUCCAAUUCCUGUUGACGUCUUAGUUGAGAGUGUCAUCUACUUUGUUGCCUUUUUAUGGGAAUAAGAGAAUAAAAGGUAUUUUAAUAGAAUAAAGAAAAAUGUGAAAAAGUAAUAAAAAGAUAUUUAAGGAGCCACCCACCUUAAAUAUCUUUACCAACCCUUCUUCCUCGUCAACCUCAAAAACCGUCUGAAAUAAAAGUCAUUGGUGUGA